AGCGACGCGUUCGCAAGUUGGUCGGGAAAAUAGAAAAAAAAAUUUAAUAAAAACAAUUGCAAUAAAUAAAAAUUAAAUGUAAAUCAAAAAAACUAGUUUAGUGUUUUGGUGUUGGAAUAAAUAAAUAGCAAAUUGUCACGAUUUUUCGGUCAUCAAGAGCUCGAUAUUCGAUUAUUUUCGCGCUAUAAAAUUUAAAAACUUCCAAAUUUUCCCAACCAAAACCGCACAAAAAACGUGAAAUCAUAGUCCACAGUUGCUUGAAAAAAGCCGAGAAUAAGCGGCACCCCUUUCAAAUAAAGCGCCAAACACCAAAUCAGGCCAAUUGCAAUGCAUAAAUAUUAUUUUUUCUAUCUUGCCGCCAUUGCGGCAACACUCGGAAGUGCAACCGCUGCUACAACAACAACCAAAGCUAGAGCAGUAUCGGACAAUUUAGAGGAAUACACAACAGUCGCCGUGCUGCCAUCGGCAUUAGCAGCCACCUUAGCAGCAGCGCCAGCACCAACAACACCACAAAAUGCAGCGCCAGCACCAUCACCAUCGCUACCAGUUCCUCAAGCUGCGCCCCAAAAGCCCAGCGUUGGCGUGCUGGCCUACGAUAAAGUCGGCAUUAGCGAUGGCGUGGAAUUUGGUCCAAUACCAUCCGAAGUCAACAACGCCAAUGCCAACUUCGAGAUCGCACCUUGCAACUUGAAAGAUGCCAACAAAAAUGAAUGCAUUCGCAAUCUCUUCACACAAAUUGUACCUCAGCUGAAGGCUGGCCUACCUCAGUAUGGCAUGCCAUCCAUCGAUCCGUAUUUCUAUCGGCGCGGCAUUUUCCGCUAUGACAACGAAGGCGUGCAAGGCGGUCUGCUCAUCAAGAAUAUGUACAUUAAUGGCAUUAGCGAAUUCAAGGUCAACACAUUCUUGUCGAAUUUCACCGAGAAGGCGUUCAUUGUUAAGUUGAGCAUUGAAAUACCGAGAAUCAAAGCGAAUGGCCAAUUCAAGGCGGAUGUAAAAUUCGGCGGCUUGCGGUUGGUGCCCAAGGGACCCUUCAACAUCACCAUCGAUAACAUACGCGCCACUAUUUUAACUGAUGGUUCGAUAGAGACGACGGAUGCGGGGCGCCGUUUGAAGCUACAACGUUUGAAUGCUAAUGUGGCGGUGGGCGAUGCGCGUAUCAUAGCCAAUGGCAUAUUUAGCGAUCGUAAUUUGAAUGCAAUGAUUUUGAAUUUGGUUAAUGAGAAUCUGCCCGAAAUCACACGCGUCGGCAUACCGGCCACACGCGAGCAAUGGGCGCCAAUUUUUAUAACGCAUAUCAAUCAAUUCUUUGCGAACAUUCCUAUUGAUAAAGUUUUAAUAGAGUAAAACAUUUUCAGAAUUGAAUUUUCACUUCAAUUGGAAUCUGUGGAAAAUUUAGGUUAGCCUAGUUUGAGAGAAAAUUUUUAAAGAAAUAUUGUAGGUUUUUAUUUAAGGCGCUCACUCCCAAAAUCGACGCAUGUAUUUAUUUAAUUAGUAUUACAACAUGGCAUGCACUAUCGUACCUUUGUAUUUUUAGUAUAUUUAAGCAUUCGAUUUAGUUCGACAAUUGUAAAUUCAUUAAUAUUUAAUUUAAAUAAAAGUAUAAAAACAGAAUUUAA